AUGCUAAGAAUCAUUCAGCGAACGUCGUUAAACUUAACGGCAGUGCCUCCAUCACUUUGCCAUUACAACCGAUGCUUCUUCUCUGCUGACUUGCCACUGUGUACUCAGACGUCCUCCGAUUUGCCUCGAGUUGAAUCACUUGUCAACAGUUGUGAUUAUCAGCACUGGCUCGUUGUCAUGCACCCACCCCCUCAUAGUUACCCACAAAGAGACCAAAUUAUUCACCAUUACAUAACCACACUCUCUCUGGCUCUUGGAAGUGAAGAGGCAGCAAAGAAAUCGAUGUACUCAGUUUCAACCAAAUAUUACUAUGCAUUUAGCUGUAAAGUCCCGGAAAAUCUGACUCACAAGAUCAAAUCCCUCCCAGGUGUAAAAUGGAUUUUGCCAGACUCUUACUUGUAUCCUGAUGAAGAUGGAUAUGGAGGGGAACCAUUCGUUGAUGGAGAGGUAGUUUCUUAUGACGAGAAGUAUCAUUUCUGCACUCGGCUCUGGGGAGCUUCUGCAGAGUCGUAUAUCAAAUGGUGGUCUCUAGAUGGAGUGACCUCCGGAUUCAGUUGCAUGUUUUCCUUCUGGGCAAUAAAAUAUUGA